GCCGUGCCCGGAGCAGCUCCCUCCCCCGGGAUGCAGGCGCCCGGGCCCGGGCCCCUGGCCCUGCUGGACACCAGAGAAGCGUUUGCCAGAAGAAAGAAGACCUCCCUUUGGUUCGUGGGGUCUCUGCUGCUGGCGUCCGCCUGUAUCCUGGCCAUCGGCCUCGCCGCCACCACCAGGACAGAGAACGUGACUGUAGGGGGCUACUACCCAGGGGUCAUUCUGGGCUUCGGAGCCUUCCUCGGGAUGAUUGGCAUCAACCUGGUGGAGAACAGAAGGCAAAUGCUGGUCGCGGCCAUCGUCUUCAUCAGCUUCGGCGUGGUGGCGGCCUUCUGCUGCGCCAUCGUGGACGGCGUGUUUGCUGCUCGGCACAUAGAGCCCAGGCCGCUGUCCACGGGAAGAUGCCAGUUUUUCCCCAGCGAGGUGGGUUACGUGCACGACGCCUACCAGACGGAGGUCACCUGUCACUCCUUGAACGGCAAGUGCCUGCUGAAGGUGAAGAGCAACACCUGUUACUGCUGUGACCUCUACAACUGUCAGAGUGCUGAACCUUCCCCCACCUACUAUGAGUUCGUGGGUGUGAGUGGCUGUCAGGACGUGCUUCACCUGUACCGGCUGCUCUGGGCCUCGGCGGUGCUGAACGUCCUGGGUGUGCUCCUGGGCAUCGUCACGGCAGCUGUCCUGGGGGCCUUCAAGGACAUGGUCCCUCUGUCCCAGCUGGCCUAUGGCCCGUCUGCUGCACCUCAGAUCCUCUGCAACCCUGCCCAGCAGGUCCUGGCCUACGCGGGCUUCUGCCCUCCGUCCGCACCCCUCCCCACCUGCUCACCCUACCCUCUGCCUCUGCAGCGCUGCGGCCGCUUCCCAGCCUCGACUCCCAGGGACCCUCCUCUGUCUGAGGAUUUGCAGCCCCCCAACGCCCCCCCUCUCUGUGCUCCAGCCCACUUCCUCCCCGGGGAGAAGCCUCCCCCCUACUCUCCCUGACACACAGGGGGUAGACUGAAAAAUAGUUUUCUGGUUUGUUAA